GCUGGUUUAUAAAUGGUUUCUACUAAUAUACAAGAUCAGCUAUGCCACUGGAAUCGUAGGGUACAUGGCUGUGAUGUUUACACUUUUUGGUCUUAACUUAUUAUUCAGAAUCAAACCAGAAGACGCGAUGGACUUUGGCAUCUCCCUCCUCUUCUACGGUCUUUACUACGGGGUGCUGGAGCGGGACUUUGCCGAGAUGUGUGCGGAUUACAUGGCCUCGACGAUCGGGUUCUACAGUGCCUCGGGGAUGCCCACCAAGCACCUCUCCGACAGCGUCUGCGCACCCGAGGCUGUUCCCCUUAACGUGCCGCUCUCCAGGUUUCACGAGUUCUGCAUCCGUGGCUGGUGCAUCGUCGGGAAGAAGCAGACGUGUCCGUACUGCAAAGAGAAGGUGGAUCUCAAGAGGAUGUUCAGUAACCC